UGCCUUAGUGGUGCAACAGAGUCGCGGACGCUUGCAAUGGCGUCUUUUCAAAAACGCCUGGAUUCGUAGUCGCCUCAGUAUACACUCAACAUACCACUGGGCCUAAAGAUAGGUGCACGGUGUAUCAGCCUGAACAGCAAAUCGGCCGGUACGCAACGAACAAUGAUUGGACAGCACAGCCGUCAAGCGAAGAUCAGGCAACCAUUGGACAAAAACAUUAUGUUCGAGAGACUUUGUAAUGCUGAAUACCCCCGGGGCUAUCAUGGAUGAACCGGAGUCCGGAUGGUAAGACGCUGUCGUAGUUGGACGCGACGAUGUUCUCGAGUGCAAGGAGACGAACAUCAUCCCGCGAGGACAGGACACCAUUGCCAAGAUACGCACCUGGCUUCGACCAACCGACUUUGGUGGCGAAGACAGUGCAUAUCAGAAGCAUCUCUCAUUACAUCCUCCAGGAACUGGUGCAUGAUUCCUGGCCUCAAGCACGUAGCAGCAAUGGCACGGCGGCGACAAGUAUGGGAUGCUCUGGGCAUUCCAGGCUCAGGCCCUCGUUCAGGGUUCUGCUCGGCAGCUUCAGCUCAAGGCCUUUCUCAGGGAUAUCAAAAAGUCUUGGAAACGCCAAAAGUCAAGCCAGCCACGCGAACUAGACAGCAUGUCCACUCUCGAUCUCUGGCAGUACCUACGGGUAGCUUUGUCACAUCUGAGCAGAGCGUACAUAGUAGUGGGCGCUCUUGAUUAGACGAAUCAUGGACAAGACACGCAUACUUCUCUGCAUCAUCUUUCGAAAUUGGCUGAUUGAAGGCCCUUUUAAGUCAAGAUCAUGACCACGAGUCGCCCUGUAGCGAGCGUGGAGCU